AACGUGUCGCGUAUCCGCGCCGCCGCCGCCGCGGCCGCGAAUCCAACUGGAACCUCGCCAGAUCACCAGCACGGUUAAAUUAAUCGGCCCCAGAUUACGUUUUUGUUUUGUCCUGCUGCAUAUACCUUCCUCCACUACCCGGGCGAUGCAAAUCGAGUGGUUUCCUCCUCCCCAUCCUCCGCCCGCCCUGGCACACACACUUGCCAGGCGAAAGCAAAAGCGGAGCUGCCCCCGUGCCAAGGCGAGAGCAACUGCAAGCUGCUCGUCUCGUCCAAUAAUAGCCGCAGGAGCGCAAGCGCGACCGAAUUCGGUGCGUUGCUCUUGUCGCCAUCGCAUCCGCCUCCGCCUCCGCCCCCAUCCCCACCUCCCCCUCCAAUCCCCGCAGAAACCACCGGCGCCGUCGACCGCAACCAGCAGUGGUUCCGUUGCCGGCGCGGGGUUGGGCCACCAGCCGCGGUUGUCGAUCGGCCGAAUGAUUGAUUGAUCGAUCGAUCGGUCGGUCCACCGCGGCAAGGCCGGGGAGGGAGCCGUCGUCGGUGGUUCCUGGCGGUUGCAUGUAUGCGGGCGGGGAGAGCCGGCCCAAUGGUGGGGGCGGAGGCGGAGACGCGCUCAGGCGGCGGAGGCAGCCCGGCCCGUCCGCGUCUCCCGCUGCGUCGUCGUCCGGCAGGGGAGCGGAGGAGGAAGGCGGGGAGGAGCGUGGGCGAGGCCAGAAGCAACCGCGGCGCAAGAAGCAGCAGGGGAGGCGCGAGGCGGUGGCCAGGGCGAUCCGGGGCGGGCUGCCCUCCUGCUGGGGCGGCGUCUCGGUAGCUGAGGAGGCCGCCUCCGGCGGCUGGAGGACCGGGGGGAGGAGGUGGAGCCGGCGGGAGGAGAGGGCGGCCGCCGACCGAGACGCCCGUGCCGCCGGUGACGGCGACGGCGACGGCGACGAUGGUUCCGGGCGCCCGGGCUCAGCGCCGGCGGCGUGGUGCUGCGCGUGUCCGGGCGGGGACUGCUCGCUGGAGCCCAACCCGAGCGCCAACGGCAAGGAGGACGUCGGCGUCCGGUCUCUCCUCGAGCGCAACGACUUCUUCUCCGCCGACUGCAACCCGCACGCCGACGCCGUCCUCCCCGCCAGCGCCGACGCCGCCGCGGCCUACGACUCGACGUAGCGCAGGCCCAUCGACCGGUUCAGUUAGGUGCUGCCACAUUGCCAGCUACUCAUCCGCGUUCUCCCCGCAAACGUUGCGGCACACAAUUUUCUUUUUUUACAGAUGAUGGAAGAGGAAAGUUUGGUUCCGGUGGAGCUGGAUCGGAUUAUCGAUUCCUUGCUUUCUUCUCUCCAUUGCUUCCUUGCCCGUAAUCUGUACAUGUGGUUGCCGUGGUUGGGAGCAACUGAUUUUUGAACUCGAAGACACUCUGUCCGUCAGCAGCAUUUUGACCGCACGCGUGCUUGCUUA